GAAUUCUUUAAUGCAAUGAAAUUUGGCUACAGACACUUAACUCGCAAAAAAAAAAAGAAAAAAAAAAUAAGAAGGAAAAUAUUUUAUGCCCGUGGGUCAGUCGGCGCCAGGAGAGGACCACGAGUGAGACCCAGACCGAGACCCAGAGAACCCAGCGAGGCCAGGACCACCUCUCCUUCCAUAUGCAGGGUGCCCGGGAAUAAGGAUUCAGCUAUGAAGUGGAGAGACAGGAUAUCCAUAUUGUCAAGAAAGCGUAACCGGAGAAGCAUAGCGGGGCAGCCAAAUGGCACAUCCAGCAGCAGCCUGCCCUCGGGGUCUGGCGUGGCCAGGGAGGCCACCGGGUCUGCCCCCAACAGUGCCUCCAGGGAGAGUGUGGAGACGACCCUCUCCCAGUUGCGCCCCGUGAUUGGCCCAGACCACAAGAGCUACUACAUACUGCUGCGGGGGAACGGUGACCUCUUCACCUGCAUCCAGCCGGCUAAGAACGUUAUCCACAGCCUGGACGACAUGAUGAAGAACGUCAUGAGCAGCGUGAAGUCCGCCAAGGCGCCUGAAGCGGCGACUCACCCCAAGCGGCCCAGACCCAGCCAGGCCAAGACCUACUCCACAUCUACUUUGCACAAACAUGGUGUCGGUGGCCGAAGGAAUGGGGUGCAGGCGGUGCUGCUCGGUGAGGGGGACGCCCCAGUGGCCGGUGUUCGGCUGGAGGACGUGUUUCUCGCAAGGGAAGGGGGGAGUUCGGGGACAAGCAGUGUUGUGCAAAAUGUUGCUACCAGCAGGACAGUGCCACAAGUGAACAGUGAACUGGUAGUAUCCCAGCGGCCAAGAACAGGUAUCCUCACGCCUCAACCCACAGUGCAAAGUAGGUUAGUUUCCCAAACUAGUACAAAUAACAACAUUGUGAAGCAGGAGCAGACUCUUCUCCUUUCUCAAGAUGAUGGCGAGGAAAGCAGUCAGAGUUCAGUCCUCCUGCCCUCUCAGGAUCUCUUGAGGGCGACCCUGAGUGCUCCUCUGCGGAGAAAGGAGACCAGUUGCCAGACCAAAGUGACCAAUGGCCUUGAGGGUCAUGCAGGGCAGACCAUUCCAAAUACACAGCCCGGGAAGACUGAGGCAGCGGGGAGCUGUCUGAGCAGCGUGCUGGCCAGCAUGGGGCAGAACACCCUGCAGGAGCUGCGCCUCAUCUCCAAGGAGGGCACGGUGCUGACGGAGCAGGAGAUUGCGGCGCAGAUCAAGACACUCAUUGAGACAGAGCAGCUCAUCGUGGGAGAGAACACGCAGAUCAUUGUGUUGAGAGUGUCAGAACGAGAGGUUAUAGUGAAGCUGGUCCUGAGUGACGUGCAGGUGAAGCCUUUCAAUGAGAUACAGGUGAAGGCUGAGGUGAGCCAUCAGCACCAGGAAGACCACCAACAACACCUGAUACAACAACAACAACAACAACAACAACAACAACAACAGCAGCAGCACCAGCACCAGCACCAGCAGCAGCAGCAGCAUGCCACACACCUUCCCAGUGGCAAGAGUCUCCUGAAGACGGUGAAGCACGAACCCAUCGUGAAGGAAGAGGUGAUCAUCUCCCCCUGCCUUUCCCCGGUGCCUGAGGAGGACUGCUUCACCCAGGAUGUGCUGGUGCCUCGGCCCAACCAAGACACUGACCUGGACUGUUUCUUCUCCUCAUACACAGAAGGGAAGCAGGCCUUUGAGGGAAUUAGAGGCAUCUCUCUAGACCCCAACUGUGUCCUGGAGACUCUUACUGAACCACUGGUAGAUUCACUGGUGAAUACAACACAGCAGCAGCAACAGCAGGACGAGCUGGAGAAGCUGUCCUGUGAGGUGGGUGACCUGGAGGACCUGGGACAGUCUCUGCUGGGGGGCACCGGGGAGAUUGUGGUGUUCCAGCGGGAGGACGGAACCUUGGUCAACCAGGAUGGAAUUCCAAUCUCAAGUGAACUGCAGUACUUGAUAGCCAGUUCACAGCAGGACCUCGCAACUUCCUUGGGACCUGAGGGUCAGAAUAAUCAUAUCUUAGUGCCUCCUGAAGCCUUUGAAGACCACACAGUAGAUGUUAACUGUGAGCUGUGAACAUUAUGCUCGCCGAGAGUAAGUGAUGAUGCACUUAACCAUUACCUUGAUCUUUUAUCUCCCAAGAAAUCUCUGCUGGGUCUCCACACUGAGGAUGGGUAGUGUUCCUUGACGUAACAUAAGAAACAUUAUAUUAAAGUGUUUAUUAAUUAACUCUUGAUAGCUGCUGCUCUUUAUACUGCCAAUGUUUUUUAACUUAAAACUUUUUCACAUAUAUGCAGGACAGAAGCUUCUCCAAAAUGACAGAAUAGCAGCUUAGGGGAAAAUUUGGCAAAGAAAUGUUGAUAUUAGCUACUGAAUUUGUGGAAAGCAACUUAUGACUGUUUUAAUAAGUAAUUCACAGUGACCAUAUCAGCUGCAGGUGAUAUUAAACCAUCACAUUUUUCUCAUUACUUACUUUGCCAUGCAGGUCUGUCCAAUUGAUGUGAUCACACAACAAGUUACACAUCUGCUUGGUGAACUAUUAGGAAAACAUUAAGAUGUACCUAGGCACUUUUCUCUCAUCCUACCUGCUCUGAUUUCAUGUUAUUAAUGCCAGUUUAAAACCUUCCAUUUAUUCUCUGUGUGUCCCAACCACUGUAGACAAAAUUAGAUCUCCUGAACAGUGCCUCAAGCCCUUCACUGUGCUGUGUGUGGGUGAGGGGUGACACUUACUCCUGCAGACACUCCUCACUGUCUUGCUCCUGGCUCCCCACUAUAUUCCCGCAUCACAGUUGGGAGACAGUAGAAAGAGUGCAUCAAGGGGAAAGUGUGAGGGAAGGUGCAAUGCAAUAGCAAGGUAGGAAUUGUGGGUAAUGGGAACUUUGAUGUCAUCAGCACACUAGUGGAGACAGUUAGUGGAGGGAAUAAGGCAUCAAGAGGCAAAGAAUAGAAUUUACACAUAUCACUGCUCAUGUAAUGCAGAAACUUAUCUAAUUUGACUAAAGAAUAAUAUAACUUUUGAUAUGGUUUCAGAUUAGUGUUGGUAGAUUGUCAGUUACAGGGAAGUGGAUAAUCAUUGCAUGUUUAAAUUUAUAAUGUAUGCUGGACAAGUCUUUGUUUACUUACAUUUCUAAAGGAUGCAAGCUUUUGUGCAAGGUAAGCAGCCUUGAGUGAAUGCCCAGGGAAUUGUGUGAAGGACAGGAACUCUUUGCUUAACCUAAUGUGGAAUUUCAGGGAUUCAUUGCAUUUCUUAAUUACAGAACCCCUUCAUAAUCACAAGUUCCAGAAAAGACACCUAUUCUGACCUGUCACCAUUAGCCCCUAACCUCCAGAUGAUGUGUAUAGUUGUAAAUAGACAUUGAGGCGUUUCCCAUUAGUUUGAGUAUCAAGGAGAGCUUUAUUUUGAUUUGCAGGCACAGUUAUCUCAAUGGCAGUAUGGUCUGCUCAGUCAUGUGUUUACUGGAAUGACUUGCAUCUUGCUUAGCCAGUGUGUUGUUUGUCAGUUGCCUGUGUGCCGGGAGGUUAGAGGUUAGGGGAGGUAUUGAUGUGACGUGUGUGGCAGCGUAAGGAGUGUGUGCUGUCCUUGCGUCCUCCAAGAGUCAGGCUGAGAUGGACAGAAUGGCUAGAGGUGAAGCAUUUUUCUGGUAUUUCAUGUCAUGGUGUUUUCCAGCGUUUCCUUAAUUGUGAUGAUGUUCCGAAGACUCGACACCACAGGAAGUGCAGCUCGUGAGGAGUUGACCUAAAAGUGGCUGUGUAUACUGGCCUUGACUACAUCCCUGCUGGGCCUUCAGAUCACCUCAGGACCACUCCUGUGACACUCGUAAUAGUGUGGUGUAGCUCCUUGUCUCCUUAAGUGAUGUGUAGCAAAAGAAAAAAAACAUCUCGUCAUUGUCUACCUCUCACUGUACAUUAUCACCAAGAAGCUACACUGUUUGCUUGGUCUUGUGUUGUGUUGUCCAUGGAAGUGAAGGUUAUUUAGUGCUGUGUUUUGUUGCUCCUUAUUUCCAGUACCUGCAGACUUGUCAGAGCACAGGUUGUCCAGUCUUGACAAAGGUGUGAGUGUGUGUGUAUGUAGGUGCUUUUACAGGAUCAAAGGUGAUGCAAAUUUUUUCUUUUUUUGACAGCAAAAUUACAAUUAGGUAAGCUUGUUUGUGUAAAAAAAAAUUUUCUUUAAAAUCAUUGUGAUUAGUUUGUCUUAUUUAUAAAGAUAUUUUUGUUUAGAUUUUUUAGAGAGGUCAAUAUUUUUCAUAUUUCAUAGAAAAUCUUUAUUGCAGCAAAAAAGGAAAAGAAAAUUUUUUGUUUUAGUUUUCUUAAAAUGAAUGUAGCAUUGCACACUGUGUUGCUGUACAGACAGUUUUGUGACACAGGGUGUGUAACUUCAAGAUUUGUUUUGUGAAAGAUGUAGGAAUGUACAGCUUGAACUGAUACACUGGUGGUGACAGUUGUUUUCACCACACACUGGAGAAUCAUGUGAACUGUGAUACUGCAAAACUUAAGUAAAACAGUAAGACUUACAUGUAAUUAACAGUAGGUAUGUCACUAUCUACUGGCUUGAGUGUAACCUGUUAUUGUCACCUUUAAUGAGGUGUUUGACCAUUUUUUAAAUCUUUUGUAUUUAUUUAUUUCUUGUAUUUGUACCUCACUUAUCUGACAAGGGUCUUAUUUUGAGGUACAUGUUCUUGAAUUUCAGUAAUUCAGCAAUUCACAAAAUGUUAUUUAAGGUUUUUGUAAAUAUUGUGAUCAGAGUCUGUGGAAACUGAAGACUUUGGUCUGUGUUAUUCAGUUCACUUGUCCAUACAUGUUUGUGUGGAGGCAAGUGACACUGUGGUGGGCAUUUACGUCGUGAUGCAAAGGUGGGACGCUCCUCCCACUGAGACCUUCCUUUCUCUCACAGUGCACCACACCUCUCUUGAUUGACAGGGAGGUGUGGUGUACAAUACCCUCAUGAGCAUUCCACAAAGAUGAUUCAAAUUAGUACUCCAAAAAUUUCAUCAGAACACACACACACACACACACACACACACACACACACACACACACACACACACACACACACACACACACACACACACACACACACACACACACACACACACACACACACACACACACACA